GUCAUAAAACUGGUUAUACAGUGGGAGCAAACAAUUGUCAUUGAAAACCUGAAAUAACACCUAGUUGAAAUUAGCGAUAAGAAACAAACUGUCAUUUAGUCAUUUAUCUCAGGCACCAACACUACGAUGGUGCAGACGAUCAGUGUCCGUGUGGUUUUUCUAUUUUUAAGUCUUAACUUGAUUGUAUCGUCUACAAAUCUGGCUGAAGAAAACUCACUAAUAAAUGAUAUAUCAAGUGAAAUAGCUGAAGCAGCGGCAAACGCCGGGGUCGUUUUGGUGGGAAAAUGGAGCAAAAACGAAAAUAAAGACGAAAAAUCAGUUAAUCAGUUUUUGGAUGAAGUUGUCAAAGAGUCUUCCAUGAAAAUAGAGUCCAAUGUCAGAAAGCUUGCAGCGACUCGAGAAAAGACAACCAAUGCUGAAGGUACUCCGCUGUUCUCGGUUAUAAUGAAGUUAUCUGGCAGUCACUUGAAAAGAUUGACUUUACAGCGAGCAAACUCUCUGACAACUGGCACAAAGUUUGUUGGAACUGUCAAUUACAGCGAUGAGAUGAAAGAGAACAAUCUUCUGGAAGCCAUUUCAAACUCUUUAACAAACGAGUAUGAAAAGGAACCACCGAAUAAGACCGAUAAAGUAGAAUCUCUCGACUCGGCCAAGACCGAGGGGAAAAGUUUCGACGUGAAUCUCGCUAACCUGGUGGCCUUCGAAGACAAUAUUAAAGGUCGUGGAGGAAACUUGAGUGACUUAGCGACCAGAUCUAUCGAGCGAGAUGCCUUUGUAGUGGCAAAAAAAAUGACUCGGCAAGUUCACAAAAAAUACACUCACACAACUACAAAAACCUUUACUUCUAGUUCUGGGGAGUCGACAAGUGUCUCUGAUAGCAAAUCGAUCACGGUGCCAGAUGCAUCAGAGAUCGGUUCGGACCUACAGGGAAGGUCUUUUUUUGGAAACGACCAAGGCAUUCUAGAUCACAGAGAUUAUCAGAUCGUGUCAAAUAGCGAUAUGCAAAAUCGUGAAAUCGGUAAAUACGGUAGUCACUCGACCGAUGGUUUUGGAACCAAUAUAAAAAGUCCCAUCCAAACCGUGUCCCUCAACGGAAACGCGGGUGUAAGUGGUCAGUUCGGUCAGAAGAGCCAAUACGCUCUCGGUUAUAACAGUGCCUACGAGAAAGCUCAUAGUAGUGGAUUCAGUACAGGAUCGAGUUCUUCUAAUUACAAUGCUAACGGUAACUCUCAUAUUGGAUAUCCGUGUGUUCACUGCGGGAGAGACGAUUCGGAACUUGGAAAUGAGAAUCCCAUUUAUGUAUUCCAUAGCAACGUGAAUCGUGGUGUAGUCGACUUAAAUACCGGUUCAGGCAGAGGUGGUUACUUCCGGAGUUCCAACCGACAGCAAAGUUCCUCCAGCAAGGCUCGAGUCAGUGAUUCCAGUAGUUCUCAAAGUAGUAGUAGUGGUUACAACAGUUACGGCAAUUCCGGAAAUGUAAAUGGAUUGGAUUCCGUCGUUAUGGGUACUUCAAACCUUCCUUUGCAAUCCAAUAUUCACCGUACAAUCCAAUAUGGUCCAUACGAAAGCUCUGUUAUCGGUUCUCACGGAAACCAGUACAGAAAUAUGGAAUUUGGAGAAAAUGGUGGAAACAACAUAUACAGCAGUAGCAGCUACCAGAGCGCCAUGAGUAACAAAAAGAGCAGCGGGGAUUCUAAGAGUUCUCUGAGUAGUAGCAGUAGUAGUUACAAUUACGGCACUGGAGGCAUGAAUAACUUAUAUGACAGUAAACACAUGCUGAAUGGCAACAAUCAAGAAGGAACUUUGAGCUACGGAGGUAUUGGCAACAUUGGCUUCAAUGGUUACAGCUCCGGUGCUGGGAGCCAAUACAGUAAGAUUGCCAGCAGCAGCAGUAAGAAAGCAGCUAGAAGCAGCAGUAGUAGUAGCAGCAGCAGCAGUAGCGGUUCUUUAAACGGUUAUAAUAGUAACUCUUUCAAUGGGAUGAGGCCUUUAUACUAAUUUAAAGUAUUGCAACUAAAAUUAUUACAUUAUAAACAUAAUGUUUUAUAUUUCAAUCUCUUAAAAUGUUUAAAAGGAAUAGUGUUACAUUAUUUGCAAUGAGACUAGUUUUCAUCUAGAAUUCUCUCCUGUUUAUAUUGAUACAUGUGCUUUAAAUAAGUCUAUUAAAAUAUAUGAAUUUAAAGUU